AUGGGAAGCAAUACCUCCACACCUAAACCUGACACUGGCAGAAGAGCCAACCUCUCCACAGUAGCCCCAACGAUCAGCUCUGCACCCUGUCUCUCUGACCAUCCUAACAAAGAACAUUUAAUCUUGGCCUUUUUUGUCGGGGUUCUAUUGACGCUGAUGCUGGUGGCCCUUGUCUUCCUCAUCAUAAAGGUCUAUAGAAAAUGUCACUCCAGUCCCCAGACCCUGGAUCCUCACUCAGAUCCUCGAGCCGAGCUUUCAUCCAUCCCAGAGGAGUCACUUACCUACACCAGCAUGGCUUUCAAAAUCUCAGAAGAAAAGAGCAAUCAUUUGACUAAGAACCAUUCUGCAGACUUAGACCCCAUUGUCUAUGCUCAGAUUAAAGUGACAAACUCACCCUGCCUUUCCAAUGAGCCAUGA